UCUUCUCCCUGAGCAACAGAAGUGGAGCUUCAGGAUGCAGACGGAGGAGCCACAGCCCUCCCACAUUAAGAAGGAAGAGGAAUACCUUCAGAUCUCCCAUUUUAAAAAGGAAGAGGAAAACCCACUAAUCCCCCAGUUUAAAGAGGAAGCGGUGGAUCCACAGAGUCCACACAUUAAGGAGGAAGAGGAGGACCCACUGACCCCUCACAAUAAAGAGGAAGAGGAAGAACACAGCAUCAAUCAGCAGGGAGAGCAUCUUGAAGGACUGGAGGAGGUUGAUGUCACCAAGAUGCCAGUGACUGGUGUCCCUGUGAAGAGUGAAGAUGAUGAGGUGAAAGGUGAAAGUGAGGAGAGGGGAGGGGGGGAGCCUCCAAGCAGCAGCUCAACACAACACAUGACAACAGAAGCUGAUGGAGACCACUGUGGAGGAUCACAAGCAGACAAGCUCUUAGCUCCACUAUCAGAUAGUGAGGACACAACGUCACACUCUCCUGACACUGAUGAUGAAGACUCUAAAGAUGAUAAGACAUGUCACACUGACAACACUCACUUCACAUCUUCUCACUGUCACAAAACCUUUAAAUAUCCUAGUAAAUUGAAAAGACACAUGAGAACACACACUGGAGAAAAACCUUUUUCAUGUUCAAACUGCGGUAAACAUUUUACUCAGAGGCCAGAUUUAAAAGUACACAUGAGAACACACACUGGAGAAAAACCUUUUUCAUGUUCAAUCUGCGGUAAAGAUUUUACUCAGAGGCCAAAUUUGAAAGUACACAUGAGAACACACACUGGUGAAAAACCUUUUUCCUGUUCAACCUGUGGUAAAGGUUUUACACACAGUAACAAAUUGAAAAGACACAUGAAAAUACACACUGGUGAAAAACCUUUUUCCUGUUCAACCUGUGGUAAAGGUUUUACAGUAGGUCAUAGUUUGAAAGAACACAUGAGAACACACACUGGUGAAAAACCUUUUUCUUGCUCAGAAUGUGGUAAAGGUUUUGUACAAAGUCCCCUUUUAAAAGUACACAUGAGAACACACACUGGUGAAAAACCUUUUGUCUGUUCAAUCUGUGGUAAAGGUUUUACAGAAAGUCGAUGGUUGAAAGUGCACAUGAGAACACACACUGGUGAAAAAACGUUUUCCUGUUCAAUCUGUGGUAAAGGUUUUACAGAAAACUGGUGUUUGAAAGUACACACUAGAACACACGCUGGAGAGAAAUCCCAUUCCUGUUCAAUCUGCAACAGAAGCUUUUGUGAAGGAUCAAACCUUUUAGUACACAUGAGAAGACACCCAGGAGAGAAAGUGUUGAGUUGCAGUGUGUGUGGUGAAAGAUUGUCUUCUAAGUAGCAGUGUAAGAAACACAAGUGUGCUGGUGAGAACAGCAGCAGCAAAUGAAACUGCAGGAUUUGGAAUAAACUGUCCAGACUUUCAUUUUGACUUUCUAACAACAUCAGCACAUAUAACAUGUAUGACAUUGUUGUUUGUGUAACAAUCUUUUUAAUAUGCUUCCACAUUUAUAGAUUAGAUAUUUUAUAUUAAUGAUUUUAUCAGUCAAGCACAUUCAUUAAUAUGCAACAUUGUGUACUUUUAUUAAAAAAUGGACAGAACAAUUUGAGUAGAUUAGAUAGUAAACAGUACAAUACAUAUUUUACAUGCAAUAAACAUUUUGUGUGUAUGUAUACACACACACACACA